CCUGUCCAUAGUUUGCCUCUUGUAUCGUACAUUAUUAUUAUCGGUCGUGGUAUAAAUGGUACUCUGUUCUCGCCUCGCUCGGUCAUUAGCUCGGCCGGUCUUGUCGUCCGUAUAGAAUAAAAAUAGUAAUUAUCGAAGUAGUAGUGGCCAGUUCAAGUCUUUCCUGCGCUCCUAUUGUGACAUUGUGAGAUAAUGAAAUGGCCGGUGAUGUCCAGCGCCCAGUGCUCGAACAGGGAUUGAUAUUAUACACAGUUGACAGCAGCGGCAAUGGAAGUGCGCUGCUCUUACAUAUAGUUGCUGCCGUUGCAACAACAGCGAAAGCAGUCGCUUCGAGUCUGAAUGAACUGCGCCUAGCAGCUGCUUGUAGCAGUAAUGACGCUAACGACAACAACAACGUCAGUAGCAGCAGUUAACUGCAGGCAUUCAACAACGCGAAUGGUGGUACAAGCAACCUUACUUAAUUCAUGCAUUGUGCUGCUUCAUGAGAAGUGCAGCGCGUAGCCGAUGGUGACAACCACAAUGAUGAUGUUGGUAGUUUACCUCCUACGAAAGCAGUGUCAACAUUAUCAGUGUAGUUGUGGAUGAAUGCGGCAGCUCUGCUGCUCAAACAGAGCAAACAUUCGGGAUCCGGCCGCUUCGCGGUCAACACGAAGGCCUACCACUUUCACAUUAAGCGGCUUCCUUCGGCCGCACAUAUUGCAUUUGUUUCGCAUACACAUCGGGAUAAGCCUACAUAGUAGUACGUUAUAUAAACAAAUACAUAUAUCGAAAGCAGAGACGAAAAGCGAUAAGAUUAGCAGCUCUUCAAGGAACUACUAUUCUAAAAUUACAGUCCAAACUGCCUAUUGCAAAAAUUACGUCCGAGGCGGUACUAAUCACGUGCAACAACGGGAACUAAUCAACCACUUAAAGAAUAAGUAGAUAUGAGGAUGUCGGUUGACGUAGAUUCGUCUUACGUGACGGAAGACUCCAACGUGGAGACAGUCGAAGAAGUUACUUGUUCGCGGUCCCCGCCGCCUGUUCCCGAAGAAUUCGACUCUCGAUUGCUGCUUGGUAAUCUAAGCAAUCUUCGCUUCCCGCUCAAGCUCUGGCGUAUAGUGUCCGACUGCAACAGCGGUGCCAUACAGUGGAUAUAUGGUGGCACUGCAAUUGCGAUCAACUAUCAAAUCUUCGAAAGGGAGUACUUAGAUGCCUCUAAACGACUCUUCAAAACGAACAAUAUCACAUCAUUUGUUCGCCAACUGAACUUGUACGGCUUUCGGAAGGUGCCGAAGAAUUCGAAGUCUGGUCAGGGCGCCAAUGGUUCUGUGAUGCUGCUGUCAUUUUCGUCCGCAAGCCACUCAAUCUUUCAUCACGAUUCGUUCCGGUCGGAUCGGCCGGAUCUCCUCUUGCAUGUGAAUCGGCGUGGAAUCAAACCUGAUGGCAACAAGAAAAACAACUCGAACCGUACGAGCUCUCGUCCCAGACGCGAACCACGUAGAAGGCUGACGGUGUCUUCUGAGCAAACCACAACAACGAGUUCGGACUCCGAAUCUUCCGAGACGGAGUCGUCGACAUCGGUGGAGCAGGUUAUCGAAGACGGCAUUGUCGAACUAGAUCAAGCUGAGCUGAUUAUUCCUCUUGGAGGGCAAGAAGUGGUGACUUCAGCAACCAACUCUAGCAUUGGCAAUCAUGGUUGUAACACAGGAGGUGGCCACGAAGUUGGCGAUCUUAUCCCAUUGCCCCUUCAUGACAGUUCAGUUUCUCAAAAAACUAAACGUAAGACGCAACACCAGCCCCGUCAUAUCGAGGCUAAACGGGUUCGAGUCAAGUCGGAGUCAGCUGCAGUUGGACAACACAGUUAUCACCAGCAAAUUCAUCAACAUCAAUUACCGGCCCAGCAUCAGGGUCACCAUAAUCAACUUCCGCACGCGGGCGGUAGUAACGUUGGCCACCAUCACCGCAAUGGACAUCAAGGUGGCGGGAUCGUUCGAUCUAGCAGUCUGUCCUCAAGCGCUUCUUUGCACCAGCUCGUUGCGGAGGAAUUCAUUCGAAAAGUGCGUAGCACCUCAGAGAGCAAGGACGAUUUUGAGUGUUGUCAUGAUUCGAAUGGGUCAGCAACUUAUUCGGCUGUCGAGGAUGAAGGCGAAGGUGAAGAUGAAGAGGAUGACAAUGAAAUCCGGGUGAAGACCAACAACCGACAGUUCAUUUUUGAUCUCAAGGGAGUUGGUAGUGGACAGAGCUCUUCCGGAAAUAGGGAACGUGUAAGGGUCGAGAGACUAUCACGUCACUUUGAACCAGCCGAAGUAGAAAUUAAGCAAGACAUGGACGAGAUGCACGAGGAAGAGGUUGUUGAAGAGGUGAUCAUGUCCGAUGAUGCAAUCAAAGAGGAGGUUGUGGAAGAGGAAGAUGAGGAGGAAUACAUGCCUUUGCAUGACGGAGUGGUGCAGCAUGUCGUUGAGGACGUUGUGUUGCAUGAGGAAGUUGUUGAACACGAUGAUGAACACGUCGAGAGCGGAUUUGCCGCUGGACGUGGUGGACAGGACGACGAUGAGGUUCUGGAACAGGAGGUCGAUGAUGACGAUGACGGCAUUGAAGAAGCUGAUGAUGUCCCAGUUUCCUCGACAAGCAAGGCUGAUGAAUACUACGCAGACGAGCACAAUACGGCUCGUGCCCUGCUCAGCCUUACGUGCGCCAAACUUCAGAGGGACGUUUCCGGAAUGAAAGCUGUUAUGGAACCGACAACUUUGACCACGGCAGGGAUGUCCUAAGAGAAAAGCUAGCAGAAUGGGAAGCUGAAUUGGUACCAUUUCUCCUAUUCACAUUUGCGUAAUACGAAUAUUUAAGGCCUUGACGGUGCUCAGGCCAAUCAGUCGACACCUUCUAGCUUUGGGUGGCAAUACCUACACAAAAAAUCACUGCAGAGGUAUCGGUCGAAGUCGUAACACGAACGAAAAAAUCACUCUUUCCUUGUGACUGCCAAAAUGUUGUUAUUCGUCGGUCAAAAGGUCGUCUAUUGUGUUGACGUUACACGGGUUAGUUAUACUACGAGCAAAAAAUACAACUUAUGCCAGCGACGGCAUGGCGUUAGCUACGAAAACGAAAACCUUUCGUGUCCAUGCGGGCGAAUCUAGGUUGUAUAGACCCGUUGUAUAUUCAGCAAGUACAUAUGCAGAAACAGUCGAGGGAGGGAUUGAAUGUUGUAAAGUGGACCUCUCGCCAGCAGCAACAAAUACAGCGGAGAACAAGAUGAACGAGUCACCUUUAUUCAUUCUUAUUUCUGUUGCUAUUAUCGUAAUACGAAUCACUACUAUGAUUGAACUUGUUAUUGUAGCCAAGCAUGACGAGCAUUAUCUUCUUUGACAAAACACGAAUUCUCUUCAUGGAUGCACGAGCCCUCAAGUUCUUCUCUCGUAUACAAAGUAACAACAUUGUUGUGUUCCUGCAAAUCGGUAAUUCAAACAACUGCAUAGAAAACUGACGAUAUAGUACAUCGAAUAAACUCGAUAGAGCUGAACAGUAAAUGUCAUACUAAGAGCAGUAUAAUAGUAAUAUCACAAAUUAUAUUAAUCAUAUGUUGUCAUAUUAUGGUUACAUUAAACCCCUUCAGGAACAUUGGUAAGAUGAACACAAUGUCAUUUCUUUAUUUUUCGCCUUUCGUCUCGCUUCUCGUGAAAGUCGUAUUGAUUCUAGUAACAAUGUAGUGUAUUCGUUUCCUUAAUUUGCGCCUUGAUCAAAUGAAUAAUUUUUUAUUCGAACCGUGUACCUACACUAUAACUACUGUUGCUGCAAUUGCCUCAAUCACAGUCUGCACACUCAUUGUGCGUACUAAUAAAACAAAGAGAGAGAAAAUAUAUGUAUGAAUAAGUUGAGAUAUUUUGCCCUUUUAUGAAUAUAAACCUCUACGUAAACAUAUGAAUUCAAGUGAAGACACAAUACAUUCUUGUAUGCGUACCGUAUCAUGAAACAAAAAUGUGAUGAUACUGACGAUCGUACUAUGGUGAUAGUGAUACAAUAUACAAAGCAUUAACAAAAAUAAAAAACAAAACAAUAAUAUACUUUACACACACAUAUGCAGAAGAAGACAAGGGAUCGUGAUGACAAUAUGAACGUGGCAGAAAAGUAUUAUGAACGAUAUUACAAGAUAUGUAAAAGAAAAAAGCUUUGAGUAACAUUGUGCGCUAACAUCGAACGUUCGAAUGGAGUAAAAAUGAUAGGGAGAACUAGGCAGGCGUACUAGAUUCGGUGUAUUGUUGAGAUGGCUCCAGUGCGAGAACCUAGCUAGUACAGACGGAGGUAGAUCGACAAACAUAGACACGCAUGCGUACAGACAACGUAAGUGGGUAUUGUCGCGAUGAUAGUGCUGAGUUAAUGGUGAAACAAACAGAAGAAAAAUCAAGACAUAAUAACAAAAUAACAUUAUGGUGACAGCAGCAAAUGAGAAUAACUUAAUAAUUUGUCACUAGAUUCCUUCAAAUAGAUACUUUAAUAUUAACAAUAAUGCUAAUAACGACUAUUAUAACAUAUUAACAUGCGAAAACAGGUAAUUCAUUAUAUAACAUAAGACUUAAAAUGAUAAAAAUAGUAACAUUAUCCUCAAUAAGUGGACCCUUCUUCAUCAAUCAAUCCCUCGACGGUCAAUCGUAACCUCACAAUGAUGAGACGUAAAUAUGAAGAUUGAGGUGCCGUCACUGUUGUCUUGGCGUUGCUUCCGCGUUUCACUUGUGACGGUCCUUUUCCCCCGUCACUAUGGCGCCUGUUUGUUAUAAGUUGUAAUGAACAUCUACAUAUUAUAUUCCAAUAGUUGCUGUCUCCAGAACAAAAGAAGAAGGAGAAAGGGAAGUGGAGCGUCACGUGCGACUCGUGGUGACUUGUAUGACGUGAUUAUGACCAAGCAAUCGAUAGAUGAAGCAAGAAACGACAAUGUAAGAAGGGAGAGAAUGGACGUUUGCUUAAAAAUGAUAAAAAUCGACAAAAAAUUGUAAGUAUUGGUAUUUGACGUCAACAAUCAUUUGAAAGACACGAUUACUAUCGUAAUAGUGGUGGUAAUAUUAAAAAAUAAUGCAGAGAAAAGAGCUCGUCUUCGAGCUACAUCGACAAGCACGCGGCGAAGACUGUAUAUAUUUAUAUAUGUGUCUCUAUUCUAUAUAUAAUAAUAUGAUGUAUACUCGUACAAUGUAAUGAUGAAGAACGGGAAAGAUAGAUCUAUUGCAAUUCAGAUAAUAAUAAUAAUGCGAUGGAUCAUUGAUUCGGAAGACAUCUCACUUGAAUAGUAAUUUUAGCGGGUUAGAGUCUGUGAGAACCAUAGCUUAAGGUGCCAUAUUAGAUGGCCCCAUGACCGAAAUCAUAUUGCUCUGCAACCCAAAGCCCGCAGGUUGCGUGUCCGUAAAUAUUUACAUCGCCGUGACGGUGUCAGUUGUGGUAACAUAGAGGUGAGGGCAGGCAAAUAUAUUACAAUGAAGCAGAACGAAAUCAUGUUUACAAGUAGCAUCUCUUUUGCAGUUUCGCGUAUAUAUAUAUAUAUAUAUAUAUAUAUAUAUAUAUAUAUAUAUAUAUGGAACUGCUCAGCAAAGGGAACAGCACUAUAUAUAUACAUAUAUACAUACGUCAAAAUGGGGAUACAAAAGGAAGGAAAAGCCUGAUUUCAUAGAUAUAUAUACUGUGGGCCCCGUCCAGUGAUGUGAAGUAGUGGUACUAGAAGUUGUAGAAGUCGAAAGAGUAAACGCUCUAUUCAUUGAUGAGAAGAUCUCGGUGAAAUGAUUAUCUUUCGUGGCUUCUUCAUAGCUAAGGGAUCAUCUAAAAAACUUUAUUGUAUCGUCGUUGUUGUGGUUUUCCAUUUUCCGUAGCCCGAUGCCGUUUUCUUACUUUCCUUAUAUUGACGAGUCUAUACUACAUCCCUUCUACGAACUGUAUUGCGGAAGCUGUGCGAUGUAUUUUUGUCGGUAUCAUGUAUAUGGAAGGUACGCUCUAUUUUUGAGCUCGUAUAAUACACACACACAUACGUGUACUGUUGUGAGCUUUCCAUUAGCGGAUUUGAAAUCCGCGGUACCGCAUUCUUCAGAGCUAUUUAAUGCAACCGGUUUUCCCCAUCUUGUCUUCGCCCACAAGUUGACCAACAUGCAUAUAGUGCUCCACACAAGACUUCUGUCACUCGGUAGACAGCAGAUUCGUGUUCAUAUUGUUCAGGUGUUUAAUAUGGGAAUGUGGCAAAAAAACAGCGAUUAUCACCUGAUUAUUGCACUAUGUGUAUCAAAGAGCUGGAAAGGGGGUGACCAGGGGCUGGAACGAUAUCGUUUGGAGAAAAAAACCUAAACACCGGGUGGAGCGGUAGCUGUAGACCGAACGCAGCGGUUGAGACCAGUGUUAAUAUGUACGGGAGCAGCAAUGAUGGGAAUAUAUAAAACGACACGUUCAUAUAUAUAUGUAUAAGUACGUAGAAAGACACUUAAUGGGGGGAGUAAAGUAAUGGUUGAAGAAGGCUGCAGUGUUGAAGGAUUCAUACGAUAAUUGUUCUUCUUUGAGGAAGGGACGAACAGAAAAGAGAAUUAAAUCUAAACCCCACCAAGUGGAGAAAAGUAAAUAGUGAAAACAGACAAACUGUUGGUGGGGAAGAAGAUGAGCAUGUAUUUUAAUACUCAGAUGAAAACGAAAAACACAGAAAAAAACAUCCAUAAUUUAAGAUGUUAGCAAAAAAAAACGGCAAAGCAGAAAAAUGAAGGAAGAGACAAGAUGUCGUCCUGCAGAGCUAAAGAAGAUAUCGUUCGCGUGCCACCAAUAGCAAAAAGAAUGGAAUAGUGGAAUGGAGUGAAUAAAUGCUAUUCUACAUGCAACAGUCA